CAAGGGACUCAUUCUCAACUCUCUUGUGUGCUCGGUCUGCAUAUUCGACACAUAGAUCUGGAUCUUAAAAGCAUGUGUCAGUGUGCGAUGUGCAGUGAUAGUACAAAAAAAAAUAACAACUAAAUGACAUCAUAGCUCCUAUCGUGACUAUCUUUCGUUAUUGUUGUUGUGGUGUGAUUCGGGAAGUCCCAAUGUUUGGCCAAGUUUAGUUUCUAGAUUAGUCAAUACUGUCGCCAUUUAUAAAUCAAUAACAUCUGGUAGGCCUUUGUCCGUGCAUUGUCUAGAUAACAUUAGUCAUUCAGGACUGGAGUUAGUUAGUUCAAAAAACAGCAACAUACCUCUAUGUGAGUGGAAGCGAUUAUUAAUUUUCAUAUUUGAUUGCUGUGCAUAUUUCUGAUCUAUAUCAAUGUCUUUUAUUGGAAGUGUUGGUCGUACAUAUCCAACUAACCUAUAGCUGGAAAUAUGUCUGCAUAACUAGGAUUAGAAGUGGCUAGCGUUCAGAGUUCAAAUUUGUUAGUCACUUAAGUGUUAACUGAAAGGUAACCCCAGGUAGUGUGGCAGCCGCAGGCUUGGGUCCUGGCGAUCUAAUUCUGAAAGUAGGCAAUGUCAUGGCCACCAAUUUAGAACACAAUGACGCCAUGGAGUUGGUCCGACAGGCUGGGAAUAUACUGCAGCUCACCAUUAAAAAAGUCGAGAACCCAAGUCCUCCAGGUCCACUCUCGCCCCCUGGAGGAAACUACGGCAGUCAAGUGACCGCUCAGCUUAGCGACAACAACAACUACCGAGGAUAUAACGCCAGCAACCCACAAAGCUUCACUGUCUACAGCAACACCAGCUCGGCGCCCGGCUACGCCACCACGCCGAGGAGCUUCGGAUCUCAGCAGCCACAGGGGACAAGGAUUGAAAUCCAGAGAGUGAACAACCCACAACCACCUCCCCAGCCACAGAGAAGCAUGAGCUACAACUAUAACGACGACGACAGCAACUUCCCGGACUACACCAUCCCUUACAAACAAAUGGAGCCAGUGCAUGACUCCCCUGGGGGUCCGGUUAACAUCAGCGGCUACAAGAUCCCCGUACAACAAAACAACUCCUACAGCUCUAAGUCUUUACCCAGGGUGUCUUCUAACAAUGCCUACAACGAUAGCUUUGGCGGGUCAGGUGGGCCCCCUGCUUAUGAACCGAGGUCGUAUAACUCUAACCAAAACUCAUUCAGCCCCUCCGGUAACACAGAGUCAAGGUUCAACACGGGUGUCACUUUUCAGCCAAGCUUCGUCAAGCCACCUACGCCAACGUACAGUGAAACCCCUGAGUAUUCUAGUUCUAGUCAACCGUACAGGGAGACGCAGUCGUACAAGAGCCCAUCACAGCCCUACAAUAGUGCGUCGAAUUCCUACAGCGGCACUGCGCAGACAUCGUACAACUCAGUGCCUCGCCCAUUCAGCCCUCCGUCCUAUCCUGGCCCGAUGAGCCCAAAGACGCAAACGUCUUCAUUCGUGGUCAAACCCGUACCAUACAGCGCAGAGCCGCAAUCUUACAGCCAGAGCCCUGGAUAUGGAAGCAACUACGAUCAGUCCAACUUGCACGGAUCGGGUGGAAACACCUACUCCACACUCCCCAACACCAAAUCGGCAUACAGCAGCAACGACAACAACAGCUUCAAUACCUACAACUCUAACCCUAACCCUUAUCAACAAAGCUCGGGUCCUAAGCCUUACACGCCCACCGCCUACCAGCCUAAAGCCUACCAAAGUCCUAUGUCACCAGUGUCGAGCUACCCAACCCAAAGCGCCGCCCCCAGCUCAGUACAGCCGCCCGUUAGGAGAGUUAGUUUUGAUCAGGAUGCAGGGACAUACUCACCAUCCACCAACUUCAGCCCUCGGCCUUACAAAUCCCCACCACCCGUGCAAGGCUACUCUGCUCCAAGCUACCAGCCGUCCGGUCCGGCAGACAACUACGGAGUCUCCGAUUUCGGCGUGGAGCCCGUGAUGCAGGCCCCGACAUUCUCCCGCCAGGGAUCGAGAUCCAACGAAGCGUACGUGUCAAAGUCUUACGGCCCGUCAGGGGACCUGAUGAGCCCAAGAUCCAAUGCAUCCAGCUACGGGUUCUCCAAUGAGAGGGACGUGUACGAUCCCUCUUCAAUCAGUGCAGGAUUGGACAAUAUGAACCUGGGAUCGCCUAGGUCAUAUCAACCUCCUCCACAAGCCGCCCCAGCACCCCCACCCCCUCCUCCACCCCCACCCCCUCCAUCAGCACCUCCACCACCACCAGCACCACCUAUGAAUGAUUGGAAUCCUACCCCAUACAGACGUCAAAACUAUCAGCAAGAGGAACCCGAGGAACAAAAAAUACCAGACCAACUUCUCAACACGAUGUUGAAGUCUGCUAAAGGUGGCGGCCCUAAGCCUUUUUCUUAUGGCAUAGACCUGUCAGAGCUGAAAAAGAAAAUGGGACCGCCUACAGCACCGAAACCAAGGAAAGGACAAGAAAACUACCAACAAGAUGAAUCCUAUGAGCCACCUAGACCUGGACCUCCAAAGAAACCUGCAGGUCAAGUUCAGUCGGAUUAUUUCUUAAAUAGACAAGAUGAUGAUACACCCAGCUCUAGAGUUCCAAAAAAACCAGCAGGCCAGGUACAAACAGAUUAUUUCCUUAAUCGUGAUGAAGGACCCCGUGCAGAGAUAGAUGAGUCAUCAUUACGAGUAAAUAUGGGCACUGACCCUAAAAAACAGAGCAAGUCAUUUAAAGUAUUACAGUGGAUGACGGAAACUGAACAGGAUGAUCCUGAAGGCAAGCAAGCUUCUGCCAAUAAAGAUCUUGCCAAUGCCCCUAAGCCAAAGAGAACAAAAGAUCCAGAAAGACGGCACAAUGCUGAAGAUGAUGAAAUGAGGUUUACUGGGCUUCAUUCUAAAGCAGACAUCCCCUCCAAAGCCUUUGGCCUGCUCAGGAAGAUAUCUACUGAAGAUACUCCAACUUAUACACCAAAUGGAAACAACACACUUGACACUGGAGACACUAACGAAGAGACUGUAGGAAACUAUGAUGAAACAUCCAUAAGGUACAAAGGCAAGAGCAUUCCCUCCCCUUCAUUUAGAGUGCUGCAGACAUGGGCAGAACAUGAUCCCAAUCCAGAUAUAAAAACAUCCAAGAGAGAAGAAGAGGAGGAAGAUGGAUUACCCGAGACCUUGAACAGUGAAGAGAUGGUAGACAGGCGUUACAAAGGAGGCAACAUCCCAUCCAAAGUUUUUAAACAUUUACAAAAGACAGUUGGUGAUGAGGGAGUAGAAGCACAAGGACAUACAGGAAGUGCUGCAAUCUCUGAUUUCUAAAACCUGAACAAAGUGCAUUGCUCACUGCCAUUGUAAAGCUGAACAACUUCUCUGUGUGAAAUAAUAGUUUGGUAGAGUAAUUUAUUACAUAUUUUAAUUGCUUGACAUGUUUGAUCAAAUAUGUCUUAUAAUGCAAACAUUUAUUGUUUAGCUAAUAAACAUUGGUCAACAUUAUUAAUAUGUGAUUUUUUUUAUGUGUUAUCAAAAAAAAAAGUUGUUUUAUUUUGGUCAUCUAAAUCUAGUUGCUUUCAUCUUGUUAUUAAUAAAGUAGGCUACAUAUAUACAGAUAUGCAAUUUCGCUGAUAAUUUUUUAGUAUGUUUUAGUAAUCUUUUAUGCAAAGUUUUUGUUGCUGUAUAUAUUGUGGAUCUUCAAGGUUUGAAGAUUUUUUUUCUUGUGUUAAGAAACCCACAGCUUAUUAAAAAGAAUGAUUUCACUUCUGUCAAUGUUAACCUGGUACAGUGCAAUAUUUAAAACAUAAAUGAAAGUUGAUCAAACCCUGUAAUAGUUCAUUGAGAGAAUGGAUUGACCUACUUCUUGUAUAAUGCUGUAUACAGAAUCUUUCAUGUGUGUGAUUUUUAUUUGAUUUUUUUAAAGUUUGGUGAUAACUUUUUAUAUAAUGUAAAUAUGUGUUCCUGCCAUCCAGUUCAACAAUGAUAUUGUCUUGUUCUGUACUUAUUACUUAUUUCAAUAUUUGACAGUUUAGCAAAAAUAUUCAGGCAUCAUAUGAAUGAAAUGAAAGUUUAAUUGUACCAAUAAAGCAUUUUCAAAUUUGGUUAAAUGAUUAGUCUUCUUCAAAUAUUGUGCUGAUGAAGCCAACUGUGAAUAUUUCAAAAUUAAUGAAAACAAAAUUUUAUUUAAAUGUUCUUUUUUAACAAACUUUGUGAACCUAAAUUAGAACAGUAUACUUCUUUGGGGAGGGGGAGAAGGAGGCAAUGGCUGAGUGGUUAAGUGCUUGGCUUCUGAAUCUGGAGUCCUGGGUUCAAAUCUCGAUGAAGACUGGGAUUUUGAAUUUCAGUAUUUUUCGGAUGCCCCUGAUUCCAUCCAACUCUUAAUGGGUACCUGACUUUAAUUGGGUAACGUAAAGGUGGUUGGUUGUUGAGCUGGCCACUUGACACCCUGCUCAUUAACCACUGGCCAAAGAAACAGAUGACCUUAACAUCAUCUGCCCAAUAGAUCGCAAGGUUUGAAAGGGGAACUUUAUUUUUUUAAAUUGUAUACUUCUUCAGAAAUGUUGCCUUCUUUAAUCAUUAUAAUAUGGGUUUUUACUUUUCAUACAAUGAAACAGUCAUCCUUUUGUCUUUUUGUAUACUUGUAAAGAUAAACAGUUUUGAAAUUAAUUUAUUAUUUGUUGGCUGAAUACAAAUUCAGUAAAGAGGGAAAUCACUUUAAAAGCAUACAAAAAAAAAAACUGAUUUGUCAUUCACAGUUCUCUGACUAAUGUCACUUAAACUUUUUUAUUAGAAAUACUUGAUAAUUUUUUGUAUUUCGAAAGUUAAAAAAAGCAACAUAUAUUAAAAAAUUACUAUGUAUAAUGCAAGUGCACCAAUAAAAUAACGGGGCUUUUGUGAACUUGCUAAGUUUACAGUAUUUCAUCUAUUUCAUGAAUUGGAUUACAGUGGACUGAAUUUCAUCAAAUUCUCACUGAAUUUUAUAUAGCUAGGUGCAGUGUGCUGCAAUGCUUAUAAGUCUUUUGUAUCUUAUUUUAUACAUUUUCUAACCUGGUGAAAUAAAGUCAUGAUUUCAAAAGCUAUGAUGUCAACUCUAACAAAACUUGUAUGCUGUUUAAUAACUGAUAUGUACAGAAUGUGUUCUUGUUUAAGCAUUUCAUUUGUUCUUGUUACCAAAUUCAAUAUGUGUGAUAGAACUAUUAAUAUAUGUUCAAGUAGAAAGUAAAGUGCCUUUUUUUCUUACUUCUUUUUUUGUCUCUCAUUAUAGAUAAGAUAGUAAGAUAGUUAAUUAAGAGUAUAAAUAAACUUUUUUAUUAUGAAAAUAUUUAAA